AUGUCGAGCAAAGUGGUCAUCGAGCAGAUCGGGAAGAGAAUGGUAUCAGAAAUCCAGUUCGCAGAGGAUGAAGCCAUCGGCGCCAGACGUGUCACCCUGAGAUUCCUCGACAGAUUCUCUGGGAAUGGCCUGGGACGUUCAGCGUACCGGGAUUCGUCUCCAUUCAGGAGACUCUUCUGGCUCCUAAUCUUUCUCGUCGCCAUGGGCCACAUGGUUUACCUCAUCGUCGACGCGAUCAAGACUUACAACUCGGGCGCGAAGGCGACCAUGAUAGAGCUGAAAACGGACAAGGAACUGGAUUUCCCAUCCGUCACGAUCUGCGCCUACAGCCCUCUGUGGAAAAACCUAGACGAUGAGCCGACACUGUCCAAAUUCAAGAAUCUCUUCGAGCUGAACGAGGACCUCGAAGGAGCGCUCGAUGACAUCUUACAGCCCGGGGACAUAAGCCACCUGACGACUGUCGUUUUCCCGUUAAACGACGAUACGAAACAGGAUAUGGGGCAGAGUAACUGCAUCAAGCCCUUCGUUCACCUGUACCCAAAUGAUGCCCUGAGUUCCUCCGGACCGACGGGACAAGUGGAUGGACCAACAAUCGCGACGGCGCAGCCUCCAGCUGACGGCCGAGUCGAGAGCUCGACACCGUUCGGUACUUCUGAGGUUUCGUGGGAAGAGAACUACGACGAGGACGAUCUCCGGAAAAUCUUCGAAGCCGAUGGGAUCCGGGUGGACUCAGGAGACGAAACGAAAAGUAGUUUCUACACGUUGAGCGACUUCCGGGAAUAUAUAAAUCUGGCCGACGCCAUCAGCGACAUCAUGAAGUCCAUACAGCAUUGCAGCUUCAGUGAUGUACCUUGCAAUCAGGAGUAUGUGUCUGAUAUUAUUCGUCUCAGGAAGUACCGUAUUAGCGACUUCAGGAUCAAGAACGAUUCAAACCAUGGGCAAUGCCUGACCUACAACUACAAGGGCGACAAACGCGUCAGCCGGUCUGGGUCAUCGGGCGGGCUGCACCUGAGGUUGCUCUGGAACGCCUCGAACGAGUUAGUCCUCCUCGGCCCGGCCAAGGGAUUCCGUGUCGCCGUCAACCAUCCGAAGGCGGAGCCCGACACCCUCGGGGAGGGCUUCGAUGUCGGCCUCAAUAUGAAUUCAUACGUUGGCGUGAGGAAGAUGAGUUUUGAACGCCUUCCUCCAGAUACAGAUUGCGCCUUCGAUUCUUACCUACAGGAACGCUUUGACAAAAGGAUUUUCAAGGUUUCAGAUGAAAACAAAUAUUCCAAAAAGGGCAAGGCCCCGAUUCCUGCUUGCUUCAGGGAGGAGAGGCAUCAAUGGUUUUUGUCGGCGGCGCAGACAGUUCCUCAGCACGCAUUGCUCUUGGGCCUCAUCGCCUGGUUAAGGGACAAGAAGGGGAAGACUCCAAUCAAAAAGGAUCUGAUGACGGAGACCUUCUGA